UCUAUGUUAGAGCUACCCAAACCCUGUUUUCAGAUUCAGGGGUUCGAAACUACUAUAUAUGGCAACCACUUCUCUGUCUACACCCCUACAAAUGGCACCUCAAGGGCUUCCCUAACCUUCCCAGAAUCUCAAAACCUUGCCACUCGACUUUGCCGCAGAUUACAUUCAGAAACGAACAAGCUCCCCAUCUCUCGCUUCCAGUCCCCAAAGCGAACCCCAAAGCUCAAACCCACCAAGUGCAGCAGAGAACGUGGUGAACCAGAUAACUCCGCAAGGUAAGCAUCAAAACCCAUAAAAGACAAAGAGGAUGUAAUCUGUAGAAUAAUAGAGUGACCCAUUUGAAAAUCAUUGGAACAAGCUUUGAAGCUCAACCAUGCCCGAUUGCAUACUAUUGGACAUGGCCAAGAAGGAUGUGGAAUGGGAUGAAGACAUUUUUUUUCUUUUCUUUUUUUUUUUUUUUUUUUUUUUGUUUGUUUGUUUGUACUGAAGAUAGUUAUGGCAAAGCUGGGAUUGUUCGUGAGGCUGUCAAAAUUUUCAACACGAAGGAAUUUGCUGUGGAGAGGAGUGUUAAGUGUUGUGAUGCAUAUUAGGUUAUUCUUUGGAGGGGAAGAUAUAUGAUGGCAAAAAGAUACUUUGUUUUAAAUGAGGGGAUAAAGCCUACUCAGCACACUCACAAUGUUAUGCUCUGGGGAUUCUUUCUCUCAUUGAGAUUGGAGACUGGGAAAAGGUUUUAUGAAGAUACAAAGAGCAGGGGAAUUUCGCCUGAUGUUGUUACAUAUAAUACAAUGAUUCAUGGGUAUAAUCGGUUCAACCUGAUUGAUGAGGCAGAGAAAUUGUUUACAGUGAUCUAGGGAUGGAAUUUGGCACCUAUUGUGAUAUGGUAUACUACAAUGUUGAAAGGAUAUGUUUUGGUUGGACGAGUUGAUGAUGCAUCGAAAAUUUUUGAGGAAAUAAAGUAUUUUGGUAUUAUGCCCAAUGCUUUCAUGUAUACUACGUUGUUGCCUAGACUGUGUGAUGCAGACAAGGUGCCUGAAGCUCGGCUAAUGUUGCUCCUAAGAUAAUUCUAUCUUAGUCAGUUAUCUUGCCAGUGCAAUGCUGGUGAUCUUAAUGCUAAUGCAUAUGUUCUUGAGGCAAUGGUUCGUCUAAGCAUUCCAACAGAGACUGGUUUUUAUGGCAUUUUAAUUGCGAAUCUUCGUGAGGUUGAGGUUUAUGAUCAAGCAGUGAACUUUUUGGAUAAGUUGUAUAAAUAAGAAAUUAUGUUAAUGCUCCAGAAUUUCUUGAAGAUGGUACCUAGUACUUAUAACCCAAUGAUUGAGUAUCUAUGCAAUCAUGGCCUCUCAGGGAAAGCUGAAACCUUUUUAUGAUAGUUGUUGCCUUCAGUAUUUUGAUCUUCGGCAUUUUAAAUUUUAAGGAUUAUGGGUACGAGACGGGUAACUAGAUGUGCAGAUUCUUUUAACUUGCUCAUCACAAGCUACUUACCUAAAGGUUGGCCAUCUGAUUCUAAAACAGCUUUAGAUGGACGUAGUUGCUAAGGUUUUGGAAGCCCUUUCUCUUAAAAGGUCAUGUUGAGUUAGCAUUGGUAGUCUCUUAUCCAUCUUUUGUGAGACCACUUUUCGUGAGAAAGGGAGGACCAUUGCGGCUCUCAAGAUAUUAGAUUUUUGUCUUGAGAGGGAUUGUAACAUAGACUUUGCAGGCUAUGAUAAGGUGUUGGAUGCUCUUCUAGUAAUUGGGGAAACUCUUAAUGCUUAUUCAAUAUUGUGCAAAAUAGUGGAGAAAGGAGCGACCCCUGAUUGGAGUUGCUGUGAAGAUAUUAUUAGGAGCCUUAAUCAGGAGGGAAACACAAAGCUAGCAUAUGUCCUUUCUAGAGUGACAAAGAGAGACACAACAAGUGGAGCAGAAAUUGAAAGAUUUGAUUGCUGCUUGUUUUACUAGCAUAUGACUUUUCUCUGGUGUCGUAUGUCUCAAUUAAGAUUCAGUGGGCUAAAAAUUAAUAGUCCUGUAACAUUCGACGCCCUAACCUCGGUAGCAUUUUAUGGUGUCCUAAAAAAUGGUGUUAGAGUUUUCAAAUUGGACAACUAUAAUUCAUCCUUCAUAAGAAAAGAUGACAUUUUGUUUGAAUUGGCUAUAGCUGUUACACAGUGUGUGUGCCUAACAAAUGAAAUGCAUGCCAUUUUGUUGAAUUGGUUAAAGUUGCUACACAGUGUGUGUACCUAACAAAUGAAAUGCAUGGUUGAGUUAUUGCUUUGUCGGUUAUUGUCUCCACCUUAACAAAACCAUCUACUUUUUCUCCUGCUAGGAAACAAAACCAUCUUUUGCUAGGAAGCAGAGCCAUCUUUAAUUUCAGGAACACA